UUUUGACUAGCCUAUACAGAGUGACAUAAUACAUUUAUUUCCGAAAUGCUAUAGAUUUGGAUUGGAUAUACAGCCUUUGACAUAAAGACAUAGACCUACACUAUCACUCAACAGUGCCAUUGCCCACCAGUUGAGAAGACCUGCUAAUAUAUGAAUUAUCACACUUCUAUCUCUCAACUUUGAUUAUUCAUUUUAGUCCUGCAGACUUCCUUGUCCUAUUCCACUCUCUUAGUUUAUCUCAGAUUCCUUUUUGUCCUUUCAUUGACGCCAUAGUUGCUGUGUCCGUGUUUAAUUGAGGAUUGUCUUGGAUUAGCUGUUUGAGAAAGCCUUAAUCUGUUUGAGUCACUGAGACACAGUUUAUGAGAGAAGAGCUGAGGGUAAUCACAGAGAGUGCCAGGCAACAGAUGCGUCUCUGUUAGUUAACCUGAGAGAAACGUUUGAGGAAAACCACAUCACUUUGGGCAAAGACUUUAGAUGGACAGUGAGGGUGUCAAAGAACUGCAGAGUGAGGAAGACAUGGAGCAGGAAAUGUCCUCUGAGAAAGACGAGGACAGCGAAGCAGAGGAGGAAGAAGAAGCCGAGGAGGAUGAGGAGGAAAUGGCAGAGAUGCAGGACAGAGGGGAUCUGAGGGACAUGGAGGUCUGGAAUGGGUUUAUUUCGGGAGCAAGAUUUGCAGCUGAAGAGGAGGCGCUGUUGGACUGGAAGCCGGGUGACCCCGUGACCCCUCAGUACGUCCUCAGGCUACCAGGAUACACAGACGACUACCUUUGCUCCCCGGAAGACAACAUCUACAAUAUUAGCUUCUCACGAUUCAAAAUAAGAGACCUGGAAGGUGGAUCGGUCAUUCUGGACCUAAAACGACACUGUACUACAGAAAUAAUGGAUGUUAUAGAGCUGGAUGCCGGACGUUUUAUUCAGUAUCAUUUCAGUCCUGCAUUCCUCAAUCUCAGGGAGAUUGGAGCCACGCUUGAGUUUACAGUGGGCGGUAAGGCAGUCAACAAGUUUCGGUUAAUUGAGAGGCAUUACUUCAGGGAUCUGCUGCUGAAGACGUUUGACUUCGAGAUCGGUUUCUGCAUCCCACACAGCAGAAACACCUGUGAACACAUUUACUGCUUACCAGAUCUGGAUUCGCACACAAUUGAGGACAUGAUCAACCACCCUUUUGAGACGCGGUCAGACAGCUUCUACUUCGCCAAUAACACACUGAUCAUGCAUCAUAAGGCAGAGUACUCCUUCAGCCAGGGACUGGAGCUCACUGAGAACCAAACCUAAACAUCAAUCACAGUAUGGCAGCAGAAUAUACAGAGUAGUGCUGUAUAUUUGGUUUCAUAAACCAUAAACUAUAUAU